AUGGAUGCGGCGAAAUUGGCUAGAUUGCAACAGAGUGUGCGGAUUGGCAAAGGUACUCCACGCCGCAAGACAAAGAAGGUUCACAAGUCGUCCGGCACCGAUGACAAGAAGCUGCAAACUUCACUGAAGAAGCUCAAUGUUCAGCCUAUUCAGGCCAUUGAGGAGGUGAACAUGUUUAAGGAGGAUGGAAACGUGAUUCACUUCGCUGCCCCCAAAGUGCAAGCAUCCGUUCCUAGCAACACCUUCGCCAUCUACGGCAACGGCGAAGAGAAAGAACUUACUGAACUCGUACCUGGAAUCCUUAACCAGCUCGGCCCCGACUCCCUCGCAUCUCUCCGUAAACUGGCAGAAAGCUACCAGAACAUGCAAAAGAAGGAGGAAGGCAAGAAGGAUGACGAAGAUGAUGAGGAUAUCCCAGAUCUUGUUGGAGAGACAUUCGAGUCCAAGGUCGAGUAA